UUUAAGCGAGGACACUGAGCUUACCGACCUAGGAGGCAAUCGCGUACUGAAAUCUGGAGGGGGAAAACAGGAGGCUAGACUGUUAGAUAAGUGCCUCGCUUGGGACACUUGUGCACAACACCCAUUGGAAACCGAGAUGCCGCUCGGGGCUUCAAAAUCACCUCCAGGUGGGGGCAUGGGUACUGGAGGAAGGCUUUAGGAAAGUUGACUAGUAACCUGGAUCCCGGCCACUGACCAAUUGGUAAAGAGCGACUGGACCUUGGACAGCCACCAAGCUGCGUGCUGGUGUAGGCGGCAGCACCGUGGACAGCGCCAAGCACCGCCGCUCCGGGAGCCAGGGGCGGGGAGAGAGGCGGCUUCAUCAGCUGAUGCCUUACGUAGCGCUGGAUCCCCACUUUGCUAAGGCAGGUCCGGGUGGGCGCGCCAGCGUGCGUUUUCGGAGUAGCUACCCCAGGCAUGGUGGAGAGAGGCCAGCGCAGGGCAGAAGACCAUCUCUAGAAAGCAGGUACCUGCGUGGCUUCUUCAGGUUCCGGCUGUUCCCCAGGGCGCCACUGCCCGGAGAAGAGGGGUGGGGGAGCGGGCAGGGAGCAAUCCUGGACCAGCGACUGUUCUGACGCACCAGCUGGGUUCCAGGAAUCCACCGGCAGAGACGAUCCCAAGGAUGCUCUGCUGCGGGCGACCAGACAGCGGUCUCCGCCGAGGUGAGGAAACGCAGGCAUGUGAUAGAUUAGGCGGGCCCUGGCUUCCAGACUCAGCCCCUUGAGUCGGCUUUCCAAAUCCCUAAGGAUACCGAGACUGCGCGGUUUGCAGCCUAGCUCCUCUCUGCCACGGUCUCCUCCAGACUCUCACUGUUUGGAGAUUGGGGCCAGGGUCCACAGCCCUUGGCAGAAACCUCUCCACUAGUCAGUGGUCGCAAACAUCUCUAGAUUGACUCCCGUGGGCUCGGUGGCUACACUGAAUCUGAACGCAGGUGUCCUGGACCAGCGAUGGAUCUGCCUGUAAACUUGACCUCCUUUUCCCUCUCCACUCCCUCUUCUUUGGAACCCAAUCGCAGCCUGGGUGCGGAAGACCUGCGCCCUAGUCGGCCCUUUCUCUCAGUUUUCCGAGUGCUAGUUCUGACCUUGCUAGGUUUUUUAGCCGCGGCCACAUUUGCUUGGAACCUGCUGGUGCUGGCCACCAUCCUCAGGGUACGCACCUUCCACCGCGUCCCACACAACCUGGUGGCGUCUAUGGCCAUCUCGGAUGUGCUGGUGGCUGCGCUGGUCAUGCCACUGAGUCUGGUGCACGAACUGUCCGGGCGCCGCUGGCAGCUGGGCCGGCGGCUGUGCCAGCUGUGGAUAGCGUGUGACGUGCUCUGCUGCACAGCCAGCAUCUGGAAUGUGACAGCCAUAGCCCUGGACCGCUACUGGUCGAUCACACGCCACCUGGAGUACACACUCCGUGCCCGCAAGCGCGUCUCCAACGUGAUGAUCGUGCUCACCUGGGCACUCUCUGCGGUCAUCUCUCUGACCCCGCUACUCUUCGGCUGGGGGGAGACGUACUCUGAGCUCAGCGAGGAGUGCCAGGUCAGUCGCGAGCCUUCCUACACCGUGUUCUCUACCGUGGGCGCCUUCUACCUGCCGCUGUGCGUGGUGCUCUUCGUGUACUGGAAGAUUUACAAGGCCGCGAAGUUCCGCGUGGGCUCCAGGAAGACCAACAGCGUCUCCCCCGUUCCCGAAGCUGUGGAGCUUGCAGCAUCCCAUGAGAAGACCAAGCCACACAAUUGCAACACACGUGCAGAGGGCCCAUGUAAUUUCUCUGGUUGGUGGUUCAGUUUCCGUGAGCCCUCAAGAGGCCAGGUGAAGGAUGCUACACAACAGCCCGAGAUGGUGUUCACUGUCCGCCACGCCACCGUGACCUUCCAGACAGAAGGGGACACGUGGCGGGAGCAGAAGGAGCAGAGGGCAGCCCUCAUGGUGGGCAUCCUCAUCGGGGUGUUUGUGCUCUGCUGGUUUCCUUUCUUUGUCACAGAGCUCAUCGGUCCCCUGUGCUCCUGGGACAUCCCUGCCAUCUGGAAGAGCAUCUUCCUGUGGUUGGGCUAUUCCAACUCCUUCUUCAACCCGCUCAUCUACACAGCCUUCAACAGGAGCUACAGCAGUGCUUUCAAGGUCUUCUUCUCUAAGCAACAGUGAGGGGCCGUCUGGGAGUGCCUUCUUCCCGUAGCUCAGUGGACUGUCCCGUCCCAUGAACCUUUGCAGUCUGCCCAGCAGUGCUGAGGACAAGAUCUGUCUGCCAAGGGCACCAGGGUCACAUCAGAGCUCAGCUCACUUCACGUCUGUGCUCAUAGGUUGGGAGUUGUCUUCUCCUGAAGGCUCUGGUGGCUUAUGUCCCCAGUCUGGGGGCUCUCCCUCACUCUGUACCAGCAGCCACGGACUUGGCCCACAAAGUGCCCACCCAAUCCUCCUCUAAAUUCACUCUAGCGUGGCCAUGAGAAAAGCUGACCAGAGCAGACAGGAGGGAGGAGAGAGGGAGUGAACCAACUCGGGCAGUUAGAGAGGCAGAAACAAUGACAAGACCUAGAGCUGCCGGCAAUCACACACACCUGUAAACCCAGCACUCGGGAGCCUAAGGCAGGGCGAUCUCAAAUUUCAAGCCAGCUUGGGCUACAUAAUGGGUUCAAAACCAGCCUGGGCUAUCUAACGACAACAACAAAAUAUUGCAGAGCAGCAGAUCCGUCCUAACUUCCCAGAAUAGCUAGUCAUCACGUCAGAGUUCUGCUCUGUGGUUCUAGAGUGUAUGCCCUAAUACUUCCUGGGUCCUUCCUGAUAUCCGACCACAAAAUUCUGUCCCUAAACAUAGCAAAGCACAGUCCCACUUGUGAGGACAGUGAUUGUUGUCUUUACUGUUUUGUUCAUGGUAAACACACACACACACACACACACACACACACACACACACACACACUGCAGAAAAGGACAGUUUCCAGUUAAAAUCAACUUAGUCACCUUGGAACUGGAAAAAUGAAAUAUUUCCUUUCAUUCUGAAACAACUGUUCAUGGAAAAAUAGGAAAAAAAAUCCACUAAUGUCACAGAUUUUGUCAAAAUUAUUUGCUGUGGGUUGUAUUUUUGUUUUGUUUUGUUUUGUUUUUUAGAGACAGGGUUUCUCUGGGUAGUUUUUGGUGCCUUUCCUGGAACUCACUCUGUAGCCCAGGCUGGCCUCGAACUCACAGAGAUCCGCCUGGCUCUGCCUCCCGAGUGCUGGGAUUAAAGGCAUGUAGCACCAACGCCUAGCUGCUGUGGGUUUUUCUUUGUGUAAUUCCUUCAAAUGUUUCUGGCCUUAGUGUUUCAUCCCUGGAUAAAUAAGGCUCCAGGUUAGUGAUAGCUAUGAACUGUUGACUUCUCAAUACAGUUUCACAGUUGGUGACUACAAGGGUCUGUUUGUCCAUCAGUAACACUCAGUAAUAGGAGUGCUGGUGGUCACUUUGUUGUUGUGGUUUUGUUGGUAUAUGAACCUGACCAAUAGGCUGUAAGAUUGGCAAACAAGGGUCACUUAUGGCCUCUCUCAAGUUGGCAAUGUAACUGAUGAGUCUGGAGAGUCUGGUAAAGACAGAGUGUUUACAUGGUCACAGAAAACCUUGGCUGCACCCACACCUCCAAAGGCAGCCCCAGGGAGCUCUGAGAGCAUUAUCAAAACAGCUAAAGUGAUAAACGGAACCCCGUGUGUGCUGACUUUUCCUGCAAACCGAGGGUGGAGGCAUCAGAACCCCACAGAGCUGUGGACCCCUCUCAGCACUUGGUUCUCAGCAAAAUCCUGAGUGAGCAAAAGCACCCGUGAGAAAUAUCAUGCUGCUUUUACAGCCGUGGAGGGGCUGUUUCCUCACGAAUCCUCAUCCAGGGCGUGGGCUCUCAGAGCUAGCCAGAUGAUGAUGCCGGUGCGGAGAGCUGGUGUGUUUCUUCAGUUGAUUGGAAGUGCAACAGCUCCAUCCUUAAGACUUUUGGGGGUUUGUUUGGUUUUCGGUUUUUUUUUUGAGAUAGGGUUUCUCUGUGUAACAGCUCUGGCUGUCCUAGAAGAAAUCCACCUGCCUCUGCCUCCUGAGUGCUGGGAUUAAAGGCGUGCACCACCACCGCCUGGCUAAGAGUUUUUAAGUAUUCAUUUGUGUUUAAGACAGGGCCUCAUUAAGUAGUCUUGGCUGUCCUGGAACCUACUGUAUAGACCAGACUGAUCUUAAACCCACAGAGAGCUGCCUGCUUCUGCCUUUGCUGAAAAGGUAUGUACUACCAUACCUGGACCAAGAAUUUUUUAAGUACAAAAAUUUCCAAUACUCUGGGGCCCUUUUUCUGGGAGCAGCGGCCUGAACCAGUCACACAUCCUACACUUAGGGACAGGGUCUAAUCCAGGCUGGAAAUCGAACAGAAUGGCUCACAUAUCCAUGACUGUUCUCAUAACCAGGGUUUGCUAAGUGUCUGAACAAAAGCUUUGCUUUUUGUUGUUUUUGUUUUUGUUUUCUGGCUUUAGUCAGACAUAAGAAGUGUUUUGUUUUUGUUUGUUUUUUUGAGUCAGUCCUACGAAAACAAUUUACAUAGAAUGUUCUAAACUGUGCAAAUUCUGCACUGUGUCGUCCUUCACUCUCCCCCCUCAGCCUUAGAUAGGAGGAAAGGAGGAGUGUGCUAGUCUCUCUCCACUUUUCUGUAGCUGCAUGUGUAAAGAUAUCUAGCCACUAGCGACCGCCCACUCAGCUGCAUGCUGAGAUCCCGACAGUCACUUUAGCCCAUCCUUACCACCCGGAGGCUUCUGACUGCCACCACUUUUAUCACCACACAGGGCAGCGUUGCCCAUAGCGCCUCAAUUUAAGACAAACCUCUUACUCAUCGUUCAAAACGUCUACAAACUCUUGGGCAAUAAAACUCCAUUACAUUCCAUGUCCCUGACUCCUCAAGUGCACAAAUGAAAACUGUGUAUUGUAACGUGAACGUCCAGGCAUAUUAUACUGUAUAUAAUAAAUUUUACCCAUCAACAUUCCAAAAUAGAAAA